AUGGCACACUUGGAUUCCAUUUACGUCUUUUGUGACGAACAAUCUAAAUGUCAAGGAUGGGCACAAGACUGGACAAAAAUCAAAGGUGUUCACACAAACAUCGAAGAGAUCUAUCAAGCAUUGCAACUGACAGUUAAGCAACGCGAUCGGGAUUCUAUUGCCGUAAGUUGUCUUACGAUAAAUGAAAUGGCUUCAACUGAUAGUAUGAGUCAGUUGGAGCCGACCUUUAUGUAUACACAGAUAUUCAAGGAGAUUCUCCUUGAUAUCGAAUAUGAUGACAAGGCAAUCAGAGACUUCGCAGUAUGUUGUCGGAAAGUUUUCAGUGGCAAUCCAACUGAAUUAAAUAUUAUUGAUCGAUUCGAACGUAACUAUCGUUCACAACGAGCACUAUGGUGGUAUACACGUGACUGUUUCACCUACAAAAUGCUCAAUCACGCACUUCGAAUGUUAGAUACCGAUUUAAUCAUUAAAAUGGGCUUUUUUCUACGUGAUGUACAUCAACAACUUGAACAGCUGCAUCAGGAACAGGGCAACAGUUUUGGGCGAAAACCUUUCAUAGUUUAUCGAGGACAAGGUCUUAUAAAAUCAGAGUUUGAAAAACUGCAGAAAUCAAAACGUGGACUGAUGUCAUUUAACAGUCUUUUGACCACGAGUACAGAUAAAGAAGUGUCUCUCCGUUUUACUCGACAUGCUUCAACAGAACCAAACAAGGUGGGCGUUCUAUUUGUCAUGUCCAUUGACCCUUCUAUUAAAUCAGCACCAUUUGUCUUUCUGAAGGAUGUGAGUGCUAUUAAGAAAGAAGAUGAAAUUCUCUUCUCAAUGCACACCGUGUUCCGAGUGAAUGCAAUUAAACAAAUGAAUAAUAAGAAUCAGCUCUAUCAAGUUGAAUUAGAAUUAACGUCGGAUGAUGACCAGCAAGUACGAGUACUUACGGAUCGAAUACGAAAAGAAGCUGAUGGUACUGGAUGGCAAAGAUUAGGUAACUUAUUGCUUAAAAUUGGUCACAUUAGUAAAGCUGAAGAACUUUAUAAUACAUUAAUCAAACAGACACCUGAUGAGGAAUAUAAAACGCUUUAUUAUAAUCAACUGGGAUUGUUAUAUUCGCAUCAAGGUGAUUAUGAAAAUGCUGUUUGGUAUUAUGAAAAAACAUUAGAAAUUGAGCAGAAAAUUCUUGCUUCAAAUGAUCCUGAUUUGGCUUCUUCAUGCAGCAACAUUGGUAAUAUGUAUAGCAAGAUGAAAGAAUACUCGAAAGCACUUUCAUUUUAUGAAAAAGCACUUGGAAUUCGACAAAAAGCUUAUCUUUCAUAUAAUCCAUCAUUCGGUAUUUCAUACAACAACAUCGGUAUGGUGUUUUACAAAAUGGGAGACUACUUGAAAGCGCUUUCAUUUUACGAAAAAGCACUUGGCAUUUGGCAAAUAACUCUUCCGUCAAAUCAUCUUAAUUUUGCUAGUUCGUACAACAACAUUGGCAGUGCGUAUUACAAAAUGGGAGAGUACUCAAAAGCACUUUCAUCUCACGAAAAAGCACUUGAAAUUCAAGAAAAGACUCUUCCUUUAAAUCAUCCUGAUUUGGCUACUUCGUAUUGGUACAUGGGUAGUGUUUAUAACAAUAUGAAAGACUAUUCAAAAGCACUAUUAUAUUUUGAACGUGCUCUGGAUAUAUUCCAAUGUGCAUUUCCUCCAACUCAUCUGCAUAUAAAAACUGUGAAAGAGAAUAUUAAAACUGUAAAAAACAAAAUAUAA